GUCUGGGGUGAGCGCGAUUCACCCGGUGUAUGUAUAUCUCUAUUGCUUGUGUGGAUGUAUAAUAUGCAUGGUGGAUGAUUGUGGCUAUAGUUUAUUUGAUUAUAAUACGGCCUGCGUGUCGUGCCUUAUCUCUUAAACUCUUGUUGUAAAUCUAUUUCUCUCUCUUACCUCAACCGAGGAUUCUUUUCUCACGUGGUGGUUAGAAGACGAAAAGAUUUGAUGACCAUUUGGAGAAAUCUAAAAGAAUGGAGAUAGCCCGAAGUUCAAAUGCCCGGAAGCCAGUGGGAGCUAUCGUUUUAUUUUUCUUUUAGGGGCCACAAUCAUUACACGUUUAUUUACUGCGUUUUGUGAAUGCAUGUUGAAUGUAUGUUGAACGCUAGUAAUGGACAUGUGCGCGGCCAUGUCGAUAGGUGAGAUCAAAAUUAUAAAUCCCUCACGAAUAUUAAGUCUGUUGCCUUCUGACGUCCGGCACCUAUCCGGCUAAUGUGCACUGUCAUGUACUCAGCCUCAGCAGAGCAUAGUACGGUGUAUGUUAAGCUGGUUACGGGAACCGCCAUAGCGUGGUCGCUGUUGCACGUUGGGUUAGACUUAACUGAGUCUCGGUCAAAUGGAUGGACGACUCAGAGGCAGUAAGUUGGGGUCAUCAAUGACAAGUCGGAUGAUUUUACUCACUCAUCCAGCCAGGAGUUGGAUCUUUAUGAUUUAAUUGGAACUCUGUUCCUAACCAAAGUAGUCUGCUUGUAAGACGUGCCUCAGCCAAUUACAAACCAAGAGCUGAGAGCCCGGCUCAUCAGUUGGAACUAUGUUCCUACCUAAAUAGUUGUCUUGUGGAGUAACGCCCAAGCGGAACGCAAGAUAAUGAAAUAUGGAUCUUGGCCCACUAGAGGUUUCGCCGGAAAUCUCCGAAUCAAUAUCGAGGGUUAUUGAUUUGUUAAAAAUAGUGGGAGAUAAUUAAUUAAAGGCCUAAUUAAUUAUUAAACAUGAUAGAUAACCUAGUUUGCAAAAUUUUCUGUAGAUGGCAAACAACAACAACCCUUUCAACCUGCGUUACAUCCUGGAAAACAACAAGUUAUCCGGGACCAACUUUCUUGACUGAGAGAUGAACCUCCGGAUCGUUCUUGACUGUGAGAGGAAACUCUACAUCCUCGAAACGGAUCCUCCCAAGACCCCUGAUGCUGAUGCUUGUGUGUUCGAACUCACUUCCUACAAGAAGUAUGAGGACGACGCGCGAGAUGUAAAGUGUAUCAUUAUGGCCAGUAUGACCGCGGAGCUCCAAAGGCUCCACGCGGACAUGGAAGUGCGUCCUAUGAUACAAUGCUUAAGAGACCUUUACCAGGGUCAGCCCAAAAACUCAGGAGUUUACGUUAUCGAAGUCAAUAUGUCUGAUAUCACCUCUUGGGUGAUGGAUACUGGAUGUGGUUCUCACAUCUGUACUUCUAUGCAGAACUUGCAUGAAUGUAGACAAUUGACGGAGGGAGAGAUACAACUAAAAGUCGGCAAUGGCGCACUCGUCUAUGCAUUGGCCGUCGGAACCUAUAGUUUAUCUGUACCUAGUGGUCUUAUAUUGCAUUUGAAUAAUUGUCUGUUUGUACCUAGUAUGAGCAAAAACAUCAUUUCUGUAUCCUGCCUUGACAAAGCAGGAUUUUCGUUCGUUGUAAAAGACAAAACUCUUUCUGUCUUUAGAAAUGAUAUAUUUUAUGCAAGUGCAAAAAUGACCAACGGUCUCUAUGUCCUUGACAUGGAUACCGCAAUAUAUAACGUAGAUGUUAAGAGAAACAAACCUAACAGUUUGAAUCUCGCGUACCUUUGGCAUUGUCGUUUGGGCCACAUUAACGAGAAACGCAUAUCUAAGUUACAUCGUUUUGGUGUACUUGAUUCAUUUGACUUCCAGUCAUAUGAUGUAUGUAAAUCUUGUUUACUUGGUAAAAUGACAAAGGCUCCAUUCACCGCUUAUGCAAAACGUCUCAUGACGUCUAGUAAGUUGGAGCCUAAAUCUGAUAAAGUAAUUUUUGUGGGAUACCCCAAGGAAACUAGAGGGUAUGAGUUCUAUCAUCCAUCCGAUAACAAAAUUUUCGUUGCUCGGAAUGGAACCUUCCUUGAGAAGGAGUUUCUUUCUGCUAUCACUAGUGGGAGAAAGGUAGACCUCGAAGAAAUUCGAGAACCACAAGAAGAAGUCCCGAUAGUAGAGAGAAAUAUUAGUUUGGUUUCAUUAAUAUCAUUUUGUGUAUAGAAAAUAUCUAUAAUAUUUUCUAAAUAUUAUUAGAAAUAUUUUCUAUAGAAAUAUACAAGAUUAUUAUUAUCCCAAAUUUUAAUCUUUAUAUUUUAUACUACUAUAAUCUUUACUAGCAUAAAGGUUGUGGUAGACU